AUGAUUUAUUUAACGGGUGCGAUUUUGAGCACAGUUGCUUUAAUAUUCAUUAUCUUUGGUAUAGUGAUAAACAAAACAUGGUUAACCAAUUAUACUGAUGAUGAAUAUCAAUAUUUACGAAAUCGUUUUUAUGAUGAUGAAACAUUUUUCUUGAAUGAAUUAGAUGACCAAAUUGAUAGUGAUAGUGAUCAUGAGGAAUCGAAAAGUAUAUCACUAGAAUCUAUCGACACUUUUAUGUAA